CGCCGUCUAUUCGCAUUCGCAAUCGCAAACUGUGUACAAAGUGUAGACGAAUCUGAUAAUGCGCCGCUUACACAUGUGCCGAAUGGUCAACUACUACGGCGAGUAUUUUUUAGCGCGACGAUUAAAACACCACGAUAGAGGAGAGAAAAGCACGUGAAAAUAAAAAAAAUCAUGUUUCGCGAAUGUACUCGUCGUACCGUUCUUGUGGUCGUCAGAUGAACCAAAGUCAUCUCAACUUAAACAAAUAACAACAUGCACGUAGCCAUUGAACGGAAUUCAUGGAGAGUUACGCAAGAUAACAUAGUAGAAAUAGGCGGUGGUAGAUCUAAAGGGAAAGAUGAUCCUGACGAUGACUUGGCGUACGCUGGUCUUUCAGAUGGACAAUACUGGCGCAGUGUUAUGUUAGCCUUAUUAGUGAUAGCAUUAGUAAUCGGUGGAAUAGCUAGUGCCAUAUUAACGUACGGAUUUGUCGAUGAACUCUUGUACUGGAGUGGACAACGUCUCACACUUGAUGAUCUUCUUCGAGGAGAUUUAUUUCCAAAACGCUUACCUUCUAUGUGGGUUUCUUCUACAGGGUUCGUUUACCAGACCGACGACGGUAGUCUUUCGUUAUUCAAUACGACAACCAAUAAUGUCACCAAUUUAGUAUCAAAUUAUACUUUAAGUCAUUUAGAUGUUAAAGAAUACGCAUGUUCCAACGAUCUGAAAUAUAUUUUGCUCAAACAUAAUCUUAACCAGGUUUUCAAAAAUACUUACACAGCUCAUUACACGAUCUACACAGUAAGCAAUGAUCAUCAAACGCCUCUAAUGGUGAAUGGAUCUGAUGUGAAAAUAUCCGAAUUACAAAGCGUCAGUUGGGCAGGCAACACAAACAACCUAAUAUUGGUCGAAAACAACGAUAUUUACGUCAAAUACGAAAUAAAUCAUCGAGAAGUAAGAAUUACAAGUACAGGCGUGCCUGGAGUAAUCUACAAUGGUGUACCCGAUUGGCUUUAUCAAGAGGAAAUUCUACCAGACACAGAAAAAACGUAUUGGGUAUCGACUGACGGCAGUCACUUGUUGUAUGCCAGUUUCAACGACAGCAUCGUACAAAAUUUAGAAUACCCAUGGUUGCAAGACGACAUGCAAAAUAAAGAUUUGGAAAAAUUUCCUGCAACGAAAAGCGUACGAUAUCCUACACCAGGUACUCACAUUCCGGAUGUCAAGUUAUGGAUCGUGAAUAUUUCAUUCGGUAAUGAAACUUACCAGUCGAUAGAAAUCAAUCAUCCUCCUUCAUUUCAAGGCCAAGAUUUUUACUUAACAUCUGCUGGUUGGGUGAACGACAAGAAUAGCAGAAUUUCAGCCAUAUGGAUGAGUCGUGUUCAAAAUUUCAGUAUUGUUUGUUAUUGCGAAGCUCCAUCGUGGAAGUGUGUAGAGCAACAUAUCGAGCAAGCACCUAACAAUAUGUGGCUGGAGAUCCAACAUCAUCCGGUGUUCGCUCCAGAUGGUCAAAGUUAUCUGCUGCUGGCACCUGUGCAGGAAAACGGAAUACAUUAUUAUACGCAAAUUAAACACGUUACGUUGGAAGAUAAACACAUUUUAACCAUAAGCCAUGGCCACUACGAAGUACUUCAGAUUUUAGCAUGGGAUACGAUCAAUCACAUUGUUUAUUAUAUAGGUUCAGAUGCGGAGAACACUGGUAAACAACAUUUGUACUCGAUAAAUGAUCAAACAUUUGGAGAAACAGUGCGACCAGAAACAUUAUGCAUAACGUGUGGUCAUCCGCAACAUUAUGAAAAUUGUUCCCAUUUUUCUGCGUAUUUUGCUCCGAUAAUUUGGAAUUCAGGAAUCGAAUAUUACGUAUUAGAGUGCAAUGGUCCAUCGUUACCUACAGCAGGAAUUCAUUACACAUUUAAUCACACUCUUCGAAAAAUCUUAUUCGACGUCCAUCAAGCAAAAGCGAGCGAAUUGAAAAAAUUCGCUUUACCUACUUCGAUGUUUGAAAGCGUUCCAUUGUCAAAAGGUUAUACAGCCAGAGUGCAACUUCUUUUACCUCCAAGCUGGCGACCGGAAUUACGAGAUGCGGCUUUUCCAGUCAUCAUACAAGUAAAUGGCCGUCCGAACAGUCAAUCGGUGUCUACGAAAUCGAACCCAAACUGGGGUAUAUACAUGUCCAGUAGAAAAGGUGUCAUUUACAUACAAUUAGAUGUAAGAGGCUCCAAAGGGCAGAGUACAGAAGACUUGUACAAACGACUCGGCGAUAUUGAAGUUGAAGAUCAAAUUACAGUUAUCAAAAAACUAAUGCAAGAUCAUAAGUACUUGGAUAAAAAUAGAAUAGGUGUUUGGGGUUGGGGAUAUGGUGGUUAUGUUACAACAAUGUUAAUGGGUUCUCAAUACAGACUCUUCAAAUGUGGAAUUGCAGUGUCACCAAUUGCUGACUGGAGUUAUUACAAUUCUGCAUUCACUGAGAAAAUACUGGGAUUGAAAACUGAAAGCAAUAAUAUUGGUUACGUCGAGGCAGAUAUAAAAAGCAAAACGAAAUUCAUAGCUAGCAAUUCUUUUUACAUUAUUCAAGGAUUGGCAGAUCUAUCGGUACCUUAUCAACAUGGAAUAAUGCUAGCCAAAGCUUUAACUCGUUCCAAAGUUCUUUUUCAGCAUCAAAUGUACGCGAACGAAGGACACGAGUUGAACGGAGUUCUAAGUCAUAUGUAUCGAUCAAUGGAAGAUUAUUUCACUCAACGAUUAGCCCUGGAAGAAGACGAUUUGCAAAAUCAUAUUUAAUAAAAUACUAUUCCAUUAAUAAUUUGUAAAGUAAAAAAAAUGAGCUUUGUUUUAGACUUCGAUGUAUUUUUAGAGUAAAAAAUUUGAUACAAAUUA